GCCCGUCAGUCGUACGUGAUGAAUCUGUUAUAGAUACGGCCAAGAAGCAUGCCGGGAAAGGUAAUCCGGAGUCCGGGAGCUGUUCGCUACCCCACAGCGUUCCCGUUCUCCCGUCGAUCCCGGGUUAAGCAGAAUGCUACCCUGUCUCGGCUCUCUUGGCCUUUUGCUACUACCACGCGCCGCUAAAUGGAAAGGAGGAAGGCCUUACGCAGUAUUGGGACUGUGAGGGAACUGGCAAACAUCGCAACCUUACAAUCGCGACCUGCGUACCCGUAUUUAUCGGCGAAUUGUCGGCGCCCUAGCAGAACACAGGCUUAUCUGCUCCGUCUCCGCAGCCUCCCCUUGCACCCGACCACCUCACUGGGCAGCAGCCGGUCUUGGCGCGCUCUCCGGCCUCAGCGCACUGCGAUCCACUACACCCUAGCAAGCCAGAGAGCUACAGGGCCCCCACGCAGCAGCAGCCGCCAUGUUCGUCCUUCCACCCCCGCCCAGAUACUCGACAGGAACGGGGCACAACGGCCUUCCAGCGGGCACGCCUCUGCCAAUGAUCGAGACGAACAACGUCCUUACCAACCCCUCUGGUCCUGAAUACCAGUUUCUGGUGGGCGAGGGGUUGUAUGUCUUGAAGGAAGAUCUUCAUCUCGCGACCCCUCCACCACACCCUUCCGAGACACCCUUGACCAACCCGAAUCCUCUCUCGACAGCACCCCAACCCGCGACCGCCGGCACCCGACUUACGCUGCUCAACCUCGACGUCAACCCGCUAUCGCCUGCCGUCUACCGUACUACCUCGCGAUCAGAUGGCGCGCCGGGAGGGUCACAGGAGAACCAGGAUGAGGGACACUCGUCGACGGACCUGCGCGAGAGCAGCAGCGAUGCGGGCCGCAUGAGCUCCGUCGAUAACCCGCUGUACAGGGCCAACACGAACACGCCGGCCUUUGGAGAGGGCAACAGUCUCCUUGCGCCUGCUGCGCAGAAGGAUGCUGGCAAGCGGCGCAAACCCAAGAACAAUAUGACCAAGAGCAAUUCGUCCUUCAUCUCGAGAGUGAUCAACCACGAGGCCUUGCCCAAGCGGCUGCAAGAACGGGCCAGAGACGGCCUGUUCGCGUUUGCCAACAUCAACCGUGCUUUCCAAUGGCUAGACUUAUCCUCCCCAACAAAGGCUGAGUACUUGACCAAGAUACUGUUUACUAAGGCCCAUUGCCUGUGCCACGAUGUAAACAAGGUGACCAAGAGCGCGACGCACAUCGACGUCAUCAUGGGCUUCUCGACCGGUGAGAUCAUCUGGUGGGAGCCCAUCACGCAGCGGUACACCAGGCUCAACAAGAAUGGUCUCAUCAACGGCACGCCCGUGUCUCAGAUCGAAUGGAUACCCGGAUCCGAGAAUCUCUUCCUUGCCUCGCACAUGGACGGGACGUUGGUGGUCUACGACAAGGAGAAGGAAGACAGCAUCUUCACCCCAGAGGACGAGGGAAGCUCCCGCCCUGGCGGAGACGCCAGCGGGACCAGCCGGGUAAACUACACGUCCCGGAUCUAUGUCCACAAAUCGGUUCAUUCCAAGAACCAGAAAACCAACCCCGUCGCCGUAUGGAAACUGUCCAACCAACGGAUCAACGCCUUUGCCUUCUCCCCAGACAACCAGCACCUCGCCGUCGUCUCCGAGGACGGCACCCUCCGGAUCAUCGAUUACCUCAAGGAAACGCUCCUUGACCUCCACUACUCCUACUAUGGCGGCUUGACGUGCGUCUGCUGGUCCCCCGACGGCAAAUACGUCGUGACCGGCGGCCAGGACGACGUCAUUUCCAUCUGGUGCCCGUCCGAGAGCCCGGCCCUCAUUGCCCGCUGUCAGGGCCACCACUCGUGGGUGACGUCGGUCGCGUUCGACCCCUGGCGGUGCGAUGAGCGGAACUACAGGUUCGGCAGCGUCGGUGAGGACAGGCGAAUCUGUCUUUGGGAUUUCAGCGUGGGCAUGCUGCAUCGGCCGAGAGCGGCAUCAGUCAGACAGCGCGGCUCGAUCUCGUCCCGCCCGGGUGCCAUCCCGCUCCACCGUGCUGAAACGUCUGCUACAGCGGGGACGAGGGGUAGCGGCCGGCUGAGGUCGGAUUCGAACCUCUCGUCGGGGGCGCCGGGUCCGGCGGAUUCGGAGAGGGAGAAGGUGCUGCCGCACCCUGUCGAGCCGAGGGCCACCACAGCGACGCUGCCGCCUGUCUUGGUACGGUUCUUUCCCCCCAAUACCGUCAUUCCGCGCUCGCAGGACGAAACUGUACAUGAUUGCUGAUACGCGUCGA